AAAUUGAUAAAAGUUUCCACAGGAAGUCACUUUACUGCAGCGAAAUCAAGUGCUUGAACAGUUUCGUGCCUUUUGUUUGUGGGGUUAUAGAUCACUGACAGGAUUUUUGAAUGGAUCUGCCCUGUCCAGAGUGGGUUCUGCAUGUCGAGCAGAAAUGGACGGAACUGAAAACCGAAGGAACUGAGCGCUUCUGCCGCCUGACAGAUAUAGAUGCCAUAUUCAACUACGGGCUGUCAUUAAUACGCCCAGAAGAUCUCAAUGCCUUUUCUAGACUUUCAGAGAAGUACUCCGUACAAAAAUCUCCCGAGAUGGCAUCUGAAUUUAGACAGCAGGGAAACCUAAGCUUCAAAGUGAAAGAUUAUACAGCCGCAGCAUUGUAUUAUUCCAAGGGUGUUUGCCAUGCUGACAAGAAUACAGAAGAGAUAUCACUGUGCUAUGCUAACCGUUCUGCUGCCCUCUUUUACCAUGGACUCUACAGAGAAUGUCUUGAAGACAUUCGGCGCGCUUUGGAGGCUGGUUACCCAAGCCAUCUGCAGGACAAGCUGAGAGCUAGACAGACCGCAUGCCUGAGCCAGCUUAAAAAACCUGAAAAAUCCAACCAGACAACCACAAAUAAUCAAACACCACCAUGCCAGAAAAUCAGAAACACUAGGAGUUGUAUUUCACCUGGUGUGUCUGUUUACUUUAGCCCUGAGAAAGGUCGUCACAUAUUAGCCACGGAAAAUAAGACCGCUGGUGAGGUAAUUCUGGAGGAUGAGGCUUUCUGUUGUGUACUUAUACCAGGAAAGACAUUUAAUACUGAAAACCGACACUGUCACCACUGCCUGAGCCAAUCACUGAGCUUUGUGCCAUGUCCAAACUGCAGUUACGUUCGGUACUGUGGAGAGAGCUGUCAAAAAGACGCUUGGCAGUGCUGGCACCGAUGGGAGUGCCAUAUUGGAGCAGAUCUGUUGGCCAUUGGGGUUUUGGGACAUCUUGCACUAAGAGUGGCCCUGAAAGCUGGACAAAACGAGGUCAAAAGGGUGAAUAAAAGCACUUCAGAAGAAGACCAUGUGAGAUGUAGCUCUUAUAAAAGUGAUUUGCCAGUCAAGUUGAGACUUGGAGAUCCCUGUGGAGAAAUUUCAGACUGUUAUCAUGGCGACACGUACAUGGGCAUCUAUAGCCUUUUACCACAUGUGGCACAACACUCAUCCAGCUCACGCUUCUUAUUAGCGAUUACCAUGGCAAUGCUUUACAGGAGACUGCAAGGUGGACCCCCACCGGGCACAUGGGCAUCUUGCGAGAACAAAGGAGUUAGUGGAACCUGGGAGCCUGAGAUGAGUGUGUUGGGAGCCACAGCUCUGAGACACAUGAUGCAGCUUAGGUGUAACGCUCAAGCAGUCACUGCUGUUAUUGUCAAAGAAGAAAGUGGGAUGGCUGUUCAGUCCAGUAGUGAAAUUCGCAUUGCCACAGCAAUUUUUCCUGUUCUCAGUCUGCUUAACCACUCCUGCAGUCCAAACACAAACAUCUCUUUCACCACAGGCUUUCAGACUGACCCACUCAAUCAGUUCGUUUGUUCUGAAGAUUACGAUGACCAUCCCAAGACCUCUCGCAGUGGUGUGACAGUCACUAUACGUGCUUCAAAAGAUCUUACUCCAGGACAGGAGAUUCUGCACUGUUAUGGUCCUCACUGUAGCAGAAUGGAGGUGAAGGAACGUCAGCGUCUCCUGCUGGAGCAGUACUAUUUCCACUGUAAUUGUCAAGCCUGUCAAAGAGACCUAUUAGAAGGAAGCCAGAAAGCAACAGAAAACGCAGCCCCAGGGCUGAAGUGUGUAAAAUGCGGAAAACCUCUUCAGUCCCAUAUGGAUGGGUACAAGUGCUCUUGGCCGUCCUGUGGUCAUCAGAUCACUAGUGCUGAUGUGCAGAACACACUAAAGGGUUUACAGUGUCUAUUGGAUAAGGCAUUUCAUCUCAUGGAGCAACACAGAUUAGACGAGGCCCUAAAAAUCGUAAAAUCAGCUUCUUCUCAGGCAAACAUAAUCCUAACAGAGAUUCACCCUCUCCAAGGAGAGCUAGCAGAUGUAACAGCUCGUGUGUACGCCACCACCGGUGAAUGGAGUCUGGCUUCAUCUAAUCUUAAGCGUAGCAUUGUUGCCAUUCAGGUCCAGUUCGGAGAGGACAGCAUUGAGCUGGGAAGACAGCUUUUUAAACUAGCACAGCUACAUUUCAACGGCAUCACUUUUUCCUUUGACAGCGGAGACUGUGGUGCGGCUCUCUCUGUGAUUCCCAGGGCCCAUAAGCUCCUCUCUCUCCACUGUGGCCCUCACUGUGAAGAACUACAGGAACUGUGUGAAAUGGAACGGUGUCUGCAAGGACUUCUGUGAAAUGAAAUAACAUCUAAAACCGAAUUAUAUUUUCAGCAAAUGUGAUACUCUCAAAGCCUACUUUUCAGAUUUCAGUAUUAAAAGUUAUGAAUCAACAA